GUCCUUUUGAAUCAUACACAGGUUGAUUUGCACGCGCAGGACUGGUGGAAAUUAAUAGCAUUGCACAAGGCUGCCAGGCAAGGGCACUUGCCUAUAGUUAAGCUGCUUCUGGCCGAGCUGAGCAUCAACAUUAAUACUAAGGACAGAAAUGGAGUGACCCCACUCUAG